AUGAAGGCAGCCUGUGCCUUCCUCCUCCUCCUCCUCCUCACCGCGCUGUGCUGCAGGAGCCUGGCCCAGAGAGCCCCAGCCGUGCCGGACAAGUGCUGCUUCAACUUCCAGACGCGCAGGAUCAAGAGGGACAACAUCGCCUACUGCUAUGCCACAAGCCCCGAGUGCCCGCACCGGGCCGUGAUAUUCCGGCUGAAGAACGACAAGGAGAUCUGCGCCCAAGCCGGGCGGGCCUGGGUGAGGAGGUACCAGGAGACCUUCAAAGCCAGCUCCUUCUCCCUGCCCAGCUAGGGCGGACGCGGGGGACACUGCCACACAGCCCGUGAGCUGCCGGUGGCUCCUUGUUCCCGAGAUAUCCCCUCCUCGAAGCAGAGGAGCCACGUGGACCCCUCAGGGUGAUGGAGGCUGGGGUCCCCCCGAGCGCACCCAGCUCCCUGCAUCCCAGCUUUCCUCCAUCCCAGGGCUAAGGUAGGAUGGGUCCUUGGCUGAGGAGCACCCAGCCUCACUGACAGCCUCCCAGCCAGGUCCCGGCCUCAGGCAGCAGCACCUUCAGCUAAUGCUGGACAAGAGGCUCCCCCAGGAGCCGCUUCUGCGCGUGCAGGGGUGGAGGAGAAGCGUCCGCGCGGUGACUUGUUG